AUGACGAUACCGAUCCCUGAUAAGCCAAUGAAGAGGAUAGCGGUAAUCGGAGCAGGUGCAUCAGGUCUGACUCAAAUUCAACAGUUAUUAGAGAUUUGGCAAAGGGAAGAAGUCAAUACUGAUUUGGAAGUAGUUGGCUUUGAAGUUAAAGAUGAUGUUGGUGGUGUAUGGUUAACAGACGAUUCACCUAAGAAAAGUAUAAUAAGUCAUCUACCGUUAUCUUCCAAGUCGCCUUCGCGGGAGAUUGGAAUACAAGAAACGUUCUCAUAUCCUCCUGAAGGCUCAAACCCUUCACCUAUGUAUGAAGGCUUACGGACUAACCUACCUCAUGAUUUGAUGGCAUUUCGAGGACAUCCAUUUCCCAAAGACACUCCUCUAUUCCCUAAUCAAGAACUGGUACUGAAAUAUCUCCAAUCAUAUGCUGAGCAUUAUUCCCUAAAACGCCAUAUACGUUUCUCGACUCGAGUUGAACGGUUACAUCUCUGUGCUCAAUCCGAUCAAGAUGGUGUAGACUCAAAGCACUCUAGAAGAUGGAUGAUAGAAAGCCAUUCUUUAUUAACUGGCGAAUACAAGAAAGAACAGUUUGAUAAUGUCGUGGUGGGUAAUGGACAUUAUAGUGAUGGUUGGAUACCACCUAUCAAAGGAUUGUCCUCAUUCCCAGGUCAGAUCCUCCAUUCAAGGUUUUUCCACAAAGCAUCACAUUAUAAAGGUAAAACAGUACUUGUAGUAGGAUCAUUCGCAUCAGGAGGCGAUAUAUCAAGAUUACUAGCGACCGAGAAUAUCGAUAAAUAUGAUUCACAAACUGGUAUUCCUCAACAUGAACAAAUUUCAAAAGAAGAUUACAUAAAAGUCUACGUAUCAAGUUCUGGUAAUACUCAAUACUCAGCUACGGAUGGACCUUGGUCUUCUUACAUAACUCAUUUACCUUUGAUCUCACAUUUAUCUCCACCCAAAAAGGAGAAACCAAAAGGUACGAUCCAUUUUGAAGCAAGUGAAGGGAAUGAGUCCGAUCAAGAUAUCCAGAUUCAGGAAAGACCGGUGAAAACUUUAGACAAUGUCGAUAUCAUAAUCUUUGCAACUGGAUACAACUUCUCUUUCCCAUUUAUGAGGAAGGAAGACAAACCAUGGACGCAAACACGAUUAUCAGAAAAAGAAGUGAGAAAAGGUGAAAGAGAGAAUGGCGAUAUCUGGGAAGAAGGUGGAAUCAAGGGUCAAGGUGUAGAUGGAUUAGAUGAAUUAUUGUUGUUCUUAAAAGGAGAUAGAUCAAUCAGUUUCCCCACACUAUCAUACCAAAAUGUUCCUUUCCCUCUUGCUCAAGUCCAAGCGAGACUCACUGCGUUCUUAUGGGCAGAUCUACUUCCAACUUUCCCUGAUCAUCCAGAUCUACCACCCAAUCCCACAAAUCCAUAUUCGCAACAACCACCAUCCGAAAACGGCGAUUCCACCAUAAGAGUCGAUGGGAAUGGUAAAGAUGUAGGGAUCGAUCCUCCUGAAUCAACAUCAACAUCAACAUUGACCCGAAAACCAAGAAAGGUUCUGCAAAGGAUCAGACAUUUGGUAUUUGGCGCGCCGUACGAAUGGACCUACUCCGAAUAUCUGAUGGAUCUAUUCCGUGAAGCCGACAACAAUGCAGGAAGGGCUACAGAAGAUUAUUGGAAGCAAAUCGAAAGUUUCAGAAGAGAAAGAAGGGAAGAUACAGGCUUAAGAAAGAGAUUAUUGGGUUAUUAG